UAUGUUUUUCAUUGGAUCCUUUUCGUCCCGGGGCGGUUGUCUUGGUUCGCCGGCGACCGAUGGAGUGUGCUGCGAGUGGCUUGGGGACGCGCUGCGUCGGCCCACCGACGCGGAGGUGUGGCAAUUGUGGCGCCGUGGCGUAUUGCUCCGUCUCUCAUCAGAGCUCGCAUUGGAGGUAUCACAAGGAAGAAUGCGAGAGGCUAGAAGAGCAAAUGCGUAGUGUUGAUCUGAUCAACGAGUUUCCAUUUACUUUCACUGAAGAAGCUACAGUUCAGAUUAGUCAAAAGGAAGUAAGCAGGUGCACUUUCCUCACCAAAAGGGACUUGCAUCAUGCUGGAAUGUGGAAGUAUGAGUGCAAAUGUGUAUCCUCCUCCACUGUUAGUUUUUCAGCUUAUGAUAGGUUUAGAAAUGAAGGUUGGCAUCUGCCUACCUCUUCUUGUCCAUGUCUUGGGCCUUUGUCUCCAGUGAUAAGCCAGCUAUGUAGUUGGAAGGAUUAUUACGAGUGGAGAAAGAUACCUCUUGCUUCUCCUGUUGCUCUACUUCUCCACUGGCCACUUACAAUAUAUCAUGCAAUCCAAUCCAUUGGGAUAGGGAACUUGACUCCCCGAAUAAGUAAUGAGCUUCGCAUACAUUAUCUUGGCCCUCAGAAAGAGCUUGGCCAACUUGGAGUCUUUGCUGAGCUUCAAGCACUCUUCCCUGGUCUAAGCAUUCGAUUACAACUGGUUGGACCUGACGUUCCCCAACAUAUGGAUGGAGAGAUAAUCUCCCUCUGCGGCUAUACCCCUUGCAUGGAAGAAGACUGUGAUUGCAAAUGUUCAAGUGAAAUUCUCAAACCCAGUAACAAAUCAGCUGUGUCGUUACAGCUUUAUCGAGGGUUUUACCAUGAUCGUUAUAGUGACAUAACAAAGGAUUCACCUCCUCCUCACAUAGUGAUUGCUCCAAACGCAGGAAUCGCAGCAUAUCCGAGCUGGUUACCAACUCUUGAACUAAUAAAAGAGAUGAAAGUCCGAGCUGUGUUUUCUGAUUACUGUGAAGAAGCUUGUCAUCUUGCGGCUUGUUGCAUUAGAACCAUCACAGGAGAACAACCUCUCUCGUUACCUAUUGGGUUAAAUCCAUUCAGACAGCCAAUGACGGUGGAAGAGAGUUCGCUGUUUAUACCUUGCUACUCAAACUGCUUCAUCUUCGCAAUCUAAAACUCUCCAAAAAAGCAUGGAUCGUCUCAUCAUCACUAGUUAGGCGUCGUUGUGGUGGUUUACAUUUAUUCCGAAGGAAAUGAUUGUAAAUCUAUAAUAUACAAUGAUUACGAUUUCCUAAGGUGGUUGUAUUUAUUUAUGUGGAUAAGGAGCAGCCAGCAUCUGCAUGCCAUCAUUGUAGCCAUUUAAUUCUUUAGGUGAAACUUUUAUCUCCU